GGAGUAAUUCAAACAAAGAUUAAACAAGCAAAAUCAAAAAACAAAACCAAACCGAUCCGUGAAAGAAAAUCAUCGGAAGCGUUAUCAUUAAUGUCAUCAUUUACAUCAUCAAUAUCAUCAAAAACAUCGGUGAAAUUUCCGAGUUCAGAUGGUGAUAUCGAUUUUUUACAUCAACAUCAUUUUAUUGUAAAAUCAAUUUGGUCAACAAAUUUUUCUUCUCCGAUAAACAAUAUUAUAAAUGGUGAUGGAAAAAUAUUAGAUGCAUUAUGUUACGCUGGAACUUUUGUUUUAGAAUUAGCGAAUGAAUAUCAAUCCGCGGAAUUUGUCGGAAUUGAUAGAUAUAAAUUAUUUCCAUCAGAAAUUAAACCUAAUAACGUAAAUUUUCUUAGCGCAGAUUUAAUGGAUGGAAUACCUUCAGAGGAUAAUUAUUUUGAUUUCACUCACUUAAAUACAAUAGAACCCGUCUUUCUUUUAGAAAACUGGGAAUUUAUUAUUAAGGAGUUAAUAAGAGUAACGAAACCAGGUGGAUACAUAGAGAUACAGGGAUUUGAUUUUGUAGACGGAAAUCUUGGUCCAAAAUUUAUGCAAUUCAUCGGACAUUAUAUGUUAUUAUUUGAAGCUAGUGAUGCGGAUUUAAAACCUCGUAACCACAUAAGGUCACUUUUCUCUAGUAAUCUUGAAGCGUCACAACAUGAUAAUAGAUCAAUUUUACUAGGUAAGAAAGGUGAUAAUAUAGGAAUAUUAUUUGAACAGCAUGUAACAAUGUUUUUCAAAGAAACAAUCAAUGAAAUGAUGAUUCAAUUGAUGAAUACUGAUUCAAGUGAUUAUGAAGAAUCAUGGAAGGAAGUACUGAAAGAAAUUGGGGAAUUUGAUACCAUCAUAGAUACUUACAGAAUAUGGGGCAUGAAACCCAAUAAUAAUGUUAAUGGUAUUUAAGAUAUUAUAUUAAAUAUUAAUAAUUAAUUAU